AGCUCGCCAUCUAGUGGGGGGGAAAGGUGACGCUAGACUCCCGCCAUCAAUACGCAGCAUGACACCAAAAAAGAGAACCACUCCCUUCUUCUUUUGUCGACCAAAGACCCUCCCCCACCUAUGGUUGGUCAGAAUAGACUGACCAAUAGUAUCAGCUCGUUGUGAACUCCUACUUUUGCCGCUAAAAGCGAACUCAUGUUAGUUUACAAGGUGCCCGGUUACGGUUCAGUGCUUACUAUCUGUCAUUGUUAACUCUUUCAAUUCGCGGGUAAAUAUCUCGGUAGCUUGCUAAUGGUGUGUUAUAUUCUUGUAUGCAUGUAUUUAUUUCAAAAUAACGUUUUCAAAUGUUUUCAUAUAGCUAGGCUCUAGCCAGAGUUUGCUACAAACGUUCGCUAGCCCAGUUCAUUCCAAUUAUUCGAACCGCUAAUUUACGUUAGCUAGCUACAACUUCCUUUUGUUUUUUUUACAGCACCAACAAUGUAUUUAUAGGUAUAUUGUUUAGGUAGUUGGUUCGCUAACUAACGUUAGUGGCCGUGCUAGGUGGCUAGCUAACUUUAGCCAACUUGCUACAUGUGUUUGUCAUCACUGACAGUCACUGGUGCGUGUCGCAGGUUUUUGAAGAUCCACGAACGUUCGAAUUAAUUAACGUUAGUUACGGCCGGUUUCUACGCCAGUGGAAGUAUCUAGCUAGAAUUCAUAAUCAUCUCCUCUACUAUGUCCAGCAAGCAACUGUCCUGAAUGUUAGUGGCAUCAUCAGAUUUAAAAAAAUGGGGAUCCAGGGGCUGUUGCAGUUCCUCAAAGAUGCCUCGGAGCCCAUCAGUGUGAGGAAGUACAAGGGACAGACAGUGGCCGUAGACACAUAUUGCUGGCUUCAUAAAGGGGCAUUUUCUUGUGCAGAGAAACUUGCCAAAGGGGAGCCAACUGACCAGUAUGUGACAUACUGCAUGAAAUUUGUGGACAUGCUGUUGUCUUUUGGUGUGAAGCCCAUCUUGGUGUUUGAUGGCUGCAACCUGCCUUCAAAACAGGAGGUGGACAAAGCUCGCAGAGAGCGUCGUCAGGCAAAUCUGCAGAAAGGCAAGCAGCUCCUACGUGAGGGAAAGAUUUCAGAGGCCAGAGACUGCUUCACUCGCUGUGUUAACGUCACCCCUUCCAUGGCCCAUGAUGUCAUCAAGGCUGCAAGGACCAGAGGAGUGGACUGUGUGGUGGCCCCGUAUGAAGCUGAUGCCCAGCUGGCCUUCCUUAACAAGGCUGGCAUUGCACAGGCUAUCAUCACUGAAGACUCAGAUUUAUUGGCGUUUGGCUGCAAAAAAGUGAUCCUAAAGAUGGACAAACAGGGGAACGGUCUAGAGAUUGACCAGAACCACCUGGGGCGGUGCCGCUCUCUGGGUGACGUCUUCACGGAAGAGAAGUUCCGCCACAUGUGUAUUCUCUCUGGCUGUGACUAUCUGUCCUCACUCUAUGGGAUUGGCUUGGGCAAAGCCUGUAAACUGCUGAGGAUGGCAAACAACCCAGACAUCAUUAAGGUGAUAAGGAAGAUGGGCCAGUACCUGAAGAUGAAUGUGGUUGUGCCAGACGAGUACAUUGACGGUUUUGUUAAGGCCAAUAAUACCUUCCUCUACCAGCUGGUGUUUGACCCCAUCAAGAGGAAGGUGGUGCCUCUCAACCCCUAUCCAGAGCACAUGGAUCCUGCCACCCUCAGCUAUGCUGGCCGUAAUUUAGGAGAUUGCAAAGGUUUACAGGUGGCCCUAGGUAACCUGGAUAUAAACACCAUGGAAAGGAUUGAUGACUUCAACCCAGAUGCUACAAAUGUCAAGCCAGUGAAACCACGCAGUCGUGACUGGAAUGACAGCCAGGAGACUCGGGCCUCCACACACCCUAGCAUCUGGAGCAGAGGUUACAUACCAGGCACCCUCUCUGCCUCCCAGCCUGUGGGCUCUCCACAGAGGCCUCCCUCAACCAGGGGGAAGGAGAGGGUUAUCAGUGUGCAGGGGCUGAGGCUUCCUCACAAGAACACACAGGUUAAGAGACCCAGAGAAGACUCUGGUGUUUCAGACCAGGAUGUGCUGCAGCAGUACUCUCCCUCCGGUCAGAAGCGGUCCAGAGGGGAGGAGGACCCUGGACCCACAGAGAGCCAUCACAUCUCAACAUGCCCCCGGCCCAGUGCCACUGCUGCCGCUACCCAUCCCAGACCACGCAACCGCUUCGCCACCCUGCUACAGAGGAGAAACCAGGAAGGAGGUGGUGAUGGGCAGGGAAUGCAAAGCAGGUUCUUCUGUAGUGGCAGCAGCUCCAGUGAGGUGGCCAGCCAGAAUCCGGAGUAUUUUGUCAAAGGGGAGGUGUCUCAGGAUGAGGUCACAGAGAACCCCAGGGAGGACUAUUGUAUUGGGGAAUAUGCUGAGACAGAGGAAAAUGACUCUGUUGACCCUCAUAGCCCACCCCCCUCCCAUCUGUCUGCCAGUCAAGGGUUAGGGGUGUUCCGCUGGUCAUGCAGCUCCUCAGAGAGAUCCAGGACCCCGACACCCACAUCCGGCCUCUCGGCACUGCAGCAGUUCCAGCGCAAGAAGGAAAGCUUUUCCUGGAGCCAGGAAGGCCAGAGGACUCGGAAGACCCCCGGAGCCCCAUCCCCUAUUCUGGGCAAAGAAGACAAGGAUUCACCACCAAACUCUCCACCGUCUCAGGACAGUGCCUACUUCUCUCAGCAUAACCACACUUCCUGCAAUGUAAUGGAAGUGUCCCCACCCACUCGGCUGGAGGAUGCCACCAGGCCUAAAAUUUACUCCAGUAAGGAUUCAGACUCUGUCAAAAGCCUGACUUAUUCUCCAACAGCAGAUGAAAAGAAAUCCAGCACAAUGAGACCGAAGGUGGCAGGUCUCCCGCGGAUGAAACCCGGUGACCAAGGGAAAGGGACAAAGAUCCGACCCUCUGCCCCUGCCAGGGCCAGUGGCCUCCGUAAAAAGCCUGCAGGUCCUGGAAAGAAACUCACCACCAACAAUGAGAACAAUCCUGGCCUCCAGGCCACCAUCAGUGGUCUCUGGAAAAACUUUGGUUUUAAGAAAGAAAAUCCGAAGAUAAACCCCUGUAAGAAAGGAGAGCCCAUGUCACCAGUGAAGGACAACAUGCUAGCCUUCACACAUGAAACGGACAAGGAUAUUUACUUCAUCUCCAGUGUUCAGAAAACAGUAUGCCUCUGAUGCUGCGUUUUUAUAAAACAUUUUCACAUACUGUGUAUGUUAAUACGAAGUGCAUUUUUAUGGACUAGAUGUACUUGAUUUCAGUUUAAAUAAAUGCAACUUAAAGGUUUAGGCUGUUAUUUAAAAAAAUAUAUAUAUUAUUUGUAGGUUGUUGAAGUAAUCUUAUUUUGUGGCCGAACGUAUGUGAACUCCUGCUCGGCGACCAUCUCAUUCCAAAAUGAUGGGCAUUAAUGUGGAAUUGCCCCCUUUUUGUUGCUACAACAGCCUUCACUCUCUGGGAAGGCUUUCCACUAGAUGUUGUAACAUUGCUGCGGGGACUUGCUUCCAUUCAGCUACAAGAGCAUUAGUGAGGUCGGGCACUGAUGUUGGGUGAUUUGGCCUGGCUCGGAGUCAGUGUUCCAAUUCAACCCCAUCGAACACCUUUGGGAUGAUGUCAGGUCUCUGUUCAGGCCAGUGAAGUUCUUCCACACCAAUCUCUAUAAACCAUUUCUGUAUGGACUUCGCUUUGUGCACGGGUGCAUUGUCAUGCUGAAACAGGAAAGGACCUUCCCCAAUCUGUUGCCAUAAAGUUGGAAGCACAGAAUCAUCUAGAAUGUAAUUGUAUGCUGUAGCCUUAAGAUUUCACUUCACUGGAACUAUGGGGCCUAACCCGAAAUAUGAAAAACAGUCCCGGACCAUUAUUCCUCCUCCACCAAACUUGACAGUUGGCACUAUCUAUUGGGGCAGGUAGCAUUAUCCUGGCAUCUGCCAAACCCAGAUUUGUCCGUUGGACUGCCAGAUGGAGAAGUAUGAUUUUUGUAAAAAAAAAUAUCCCUUUUUCUCCCCAAUUUUGUGGUAUCAAAUUGGUAGUUAGGCUUGUCCCAUCGCUGCAACUGCCGUUUGGACUCGAGAGGUGAAGGUCGAGAGCUGUGCGUCAUUCAAAACACAACCCGCACUAAUUCUUGACACCUUGCCCGCUUAACCCAGAAGCCAGCUGCACCAAUGUGUUGGAGGAAACACUGUACACCUGCCAACCGUGUCAGUGUGCAUUGCGCCCGGCACGCCACAGGAGUCGCUAGCGCGCAGUGGUACAGGAACAUCCCUGCCGACCAAACCCUCCCCUAACCUGGGUCGCUGCCGGCUGCGACAGAGCCUGGACUCGAACCAGGACCCCUACGACACAGCUAGCACUGCGAAGCAGUGCCUUAGACCACUGCGCCUCUCGGGAGGCCCGAGAAAGUGUUUCCACCUUUUUCUGGAGUCUAAUGGUGGUGAGCUUUACACCACUCCUGCUGACGCUUGGCAUUGUGCAUGGUGUGAUCUUAGGCUUGUGUGCGGCUGCUCGGCCAUGGAAACCCAUUUAAUGAAGCUCCCGACGAACAGUUAAUGUGCUGACGUUGCUUCCAGUUGCAGUUUAGAACGCAGUAGUGAGUGUUGCAACUGAGGACAGAUGGUUUUUACAAGUUUCAACACUCUGCGGUCCCGUUCUGUGAGCUUUUGUGGCCUACCACUUCAUGGCUGAGCCGUUGUUGUUCAAUGUUUCCACUUCACAAUAUCAGUUACAGUUGGCGGGGGCAGCUCUAGCAGGGCAGAAAUUUGACGAACUGACUUGUUGGAAAGGCUCUUCAGUAAUGCCAUUCUACUGCCAAUGUUUCUCUAUGGAGUUUGCAUGGCCGUGUGCUCGAUUUUAUACAUCUAUCAGCGACAGGUGUGGCUGAAAUACCUGACUACUAAAUUGAAAGGGUGUCCACAUACUUUUGCCCAUGUAGUAAAUAAAUGAUUACACAAUCUGAGUUCAUGGUCAUAGAAUGUUUGGUUCUCAUAAGAAACGUCAACAGAGUAGGUAUGGGUGAAGUGAACCCUUAAGAUGGUUGAAGAAUGAACAAUGCAUGUUUUCUUAAAAUGGCCUACCAGCAUGCUAACCCUGGAAUGUUGAGUUAGCACAGGUGGCUCUGUGCCUGAGAAGGAUACUUUUUCUUAUGUUUACAGUAGGCCUACUUUAUAGUCACUUGAGAGGGCUCCUGAGUGAUGCAGCGGUCUAAGGCACUGCAUCUCAGUGCUAGAGGUGUCACUACAGGCCCUGGUUCGAUUCCAGGCUGUAUCACAACCGGCCAUGAUUGGGAGUCCCAUAGGGCGGCACACAAUUGGCCCAGUGUUAGGGUUUGGCCGGGGUAAGCUGUCAUCGUAAAUAAGAAUUUGUUCUUUACUGACUUGCCUUGUUAAAGGUUAAAUAAAUGUAAAAAAUAUUGAGUUUGUGGUUAAUAACUGGAUUUGAUCAAUUUUAAAUGAGGCAUACGGAAAUACGACCCAGAAAGCACACACUGUUGGAGGGUGGUACACUUGAUCAUUCAGUAGCUUUUUGUAACUUUCAUUUUAUUAAAAUGUAUUUGAAAAACAA